AUGUGGCUGUCGAUUCUCGCCACUGUACUGUGGGCUCUGCUAUGGCCCACAGCAGCCACCAUACGAUUCCAACAAGAAAGUGGAGCUUACUUACUGGCUGAUUCUGCGAUAGGUCCAACUAUUGCUGUAAGCAGCAACGACUCGAGAUCUGUUCUGCGAGCUGCCGAAGAUUUCGCCACCGACUUCGGCAAGAUCACGGGUGUCAACGGAACCGUUCAAAGCCUUUCUGGCGACGUCAAUCUUGACAGCGCCGGUCCGGUCAUCAUAGCAGGCACUGUUGGUCUAUCUGAAGUGAUUGGGUCCCUGGUGAACGAUGGCCGCAUCGAUGUGUCUUCCAUCGAAGGUCAGUGGGAGGCAUACUCCACACAGCUGGUCUCAAACCCAUUCCCUGGAAUCGACCAAGCAUUCGUCAUUGCCGGAUCUGACCGUCGAGGCACCAUUUAUGGCAUGUACGACAUCUCCAGCCAGAUGGGUGUAUCGCCCUGGCACUGGUGGGCAGACGUACCCGCAACUGCUCGAGAUACAGUCUUUGUCUCCAACGGCUCUCGCAUCCGGGGACCACCAGCGGUCAAGUAUCGUGGUAUCUUCAUUAAUGACGAGCAACCAGCCUUGACCAAUUGGCUGAACGAACGUACCAGGCAGACUGUGUAUGGGACUGAUGAUUACAACCACGUCUUCUACUCAUCUGUCUAUGAGCUUCUGCUGCGACUCAAAGCCAACUACAUGUGGGCAACUACCUGGAACUCGAUGUUCUAUGUCGACGAUCCCCAGAAUGCCGAUACGGCUGACCUCUACGGCAUAGUCAUGGGGACGAGUCACACGGAGCCCAUGACACGCCAAACGGUUGAGCAGCGCGACAUCCUGAACGGUACGUGGGCUUGGGCCACCAAUGAAGCCAAUGUCACCGACUUCAUGGGCGAAGGGGUGGAGCGCACCAGGAACUAUGAGACCCUCUACACAAUGGGCAUGAGAGGUCUGGGUGACGUCGAAUCUCCAACUCUGAAUGGCAGCCAGCUGGAAGAUAUCGUGCACGUCCAGCAAAACCUCAUUCGUGAGGUCUACGGUCUGGACAAUGUCUCAAGUAUACCGCAGAUGUGGUGCAUGUAUAAAGAAGUGGGUGGCUACUUCGCCGAGGGAAUGGAGGUUCCAGAUGAUGUCACGAUACUUUGGGCUGAUGACAAUUGGGCGAACAACCAGAGGCUUCCACUGGGGAAUGAGACUGGCAGGGCGGCAGGAGCCGGGAUUUACUACCAUGCCGACUACGUCGGCGCGCCUCGAGAUUACAAGUGGAUUGACACGAAUUCACUACCCAAAUACUGGAGCGAAUUGACUCAAGCAUAUGAACGUCAUGCCCGACAGAUCUGGAUAUUGAAUGCGGGUGAUCUGAAGCCGAUGGAAAUACCCAUCACGUUCUUUUUGGACAUGGCCUACGCUGCUCCGGAAAUGUCAAUGCCUGAUACAGUGCGAACUUGGCUACAGCAAUGGUCUGCAGCGCAGUUCGGUGAAGAUAUCGCGCAUCAAACAGCAGUGAUAUUGACGAACUACUCAAUGUACGCUUCACGGCGUAAAUAUGAGCUGGUGGAGACAAACACCUACAGUGACAUCAAUUACGACGAAGCAAAUGCUGUCUUAGGCCAAUGGUUGGAAUUAGCACAGGCGGCACAAGACGCACACGCUACGCUUCCGGAAGACUUGCAGCCAGCUUACUUCCAGCUUGUUCUGCACAAGUGCUUGGCUGGGCUCAUAUACCAUCAGGUCACUCUGACCGCCUCGAAGAAUCACCUUUAUGGGUUGCAGCGACGCUCCAGUACGAAUGCGAUGGCGAUGCGCACGCUAGACUACUUUAGCGACGAUGCCAUGCUGACCCAGCGGUAUCAUACUAUGCUUGACGGCAAAUGGAACCAUAUGAUGGACCAGACUCACUUCGGAUACGACUACUGGCAGCAACCAAUGCGAGACCUUGCGCCUCCAUUAUCGUUUGUACAGCAGUCCCAGGUGAGCUUAGCAGGGAAUCUCGGGGUGAGUUGCGAAGGUACCAACGGCACUGUGCCAGGGGACGAUAACUACCACGACCUCUCGUCCAACUCGUUGAGCCUCCCACCCAUGGACCCAUAUGGACCUACUGGAUGGAUCGACGUCUUCUCACGCGGCAACGUCGAGACCAAUUUCAACGUCGUCUCUGAUAAGCACGUGAACGUGACACCAUCCUCAGGAGUGCUUUCGGGCCCCGACGGCAACAAUACAGACAUCCGUCUCUCGGUCAGUAUCGACUGGUCCUUGGCCCCAAAUGGAUCAUCAGUAACAACAAUCAACGUCACAACCACGACUCCAAGCGGCAACUACUACGACAACGAGACCUACCCCUACGGCAACUACCAGAAAGCUACCGUCCAGCUCCCAGUGAACAACACGGCCGCCCCCACCUCUUUUCACGGCCACGUCGAAUCCGACGCCCACAUCUCCAUCGAAGCCGAACACUUCACCAACGCCACCUCCACGCCUUCGGUCUCAUACAUCACCAUCCCCUCAUAUGGCCGCACCCUCAGCGGCGUCUGCAUCACGCCCUGGACCGCCGCGUCCCAAUCCCCCACCUUGGACGCCCCACAGCUAAUCUACCCCUUCUACACCUUCACGCCCGCCUCGAUGGCCAACCUGACCCUCUACCUCGGCCCCGGGAUGAACACCGACCCCACACGUCCCCUACGCUACGCCGUCGCCAUCGACGACGAGGACCCCAAAACCAUCCAGCCAAACCCGCUGCUGGGCCUGUGGCCGCUUCCGCCCAUGUGGGAGGGCAUGGUAGCCGAUUUCGCCAUGACGAACACGACGACGCACAAUCUCACGCGGGUCGGCGAGCAUGCGCUCCGCGUCUGGCUGCUCGAGCCGGGCGUCGUGCUGCAGAAGGUCGUGCUGGACCUGGGCGGCGUGAGGGACAGCUAUCUGGGUCCACCGGAGAGCGUGGUUGUUUGA